AUGUCGACAACAACAGGGGCAUUCAUUGCUGGGGGUAUUGCAGCAUGCGGUGCGGUAACAGUAACUCAUAGUUUUGAGACUGUGAAGAUUCGGUUACAGCUACAGGGAGAACUUCAGGCGAAAAGCGAAGCGGUCAAGAAAUACAAGGGCGUUUUCCACGGAGUUAAGGUCAUUCUGCAAAACGAAGGUCCCCGCGGGCUGUUCCGGGGAAUCGGCUCAGCUUACAUCUACCAAAUUUUGCUCAAUGGCUGUCGUUUGGGCUUCUAUGAGCCGCUGCGCAAGGGUAUCACAACCGCUGUCUAUAAGGAUCCGCAAGUUCAAUCCCUCGGUAUCAAUGUCUUCUCAGGCGCUGCGUCUGGCAUCAUUGGUGCAGCAGCUGGAUCUCCUUUCUUCCUCGUGAAAACUCGUUUGCAGUCUUAUUCUCCCUUCCUUCCCGUCGGCACGCAGCACGAAUAUCGGAACUCCUUUGAUGGUUUGCGAAAAAUUUAUACUUCCGAAGGCGUUGGCGGACUCUAUCGGGGCGUUGGAGCGGCUAUGGUUCGCACUGGUUUCGGCAGCUCCGUCCAGCUUCCCACGUAUUUCUUCGCGAAGCGACGCUUGGUGAAGCACCUGGGAAUGGAGGAUGGCCCAGCCCUUCAUCUAGCCAGUAGUACGGUAUCUGGCUUCGUGGUCUGCUGUGUCAUGCACCCUCCCGACACGGUUAUGUCCAGAAUGUACAACCAGACUGGUGAUCUUUACAAGGGAGCAUUUGAUUGCCUCUUUAAAACUAUCCGAAAGGAGGGUAUCCUUGCGAUCUACAAGGGCUACUUUGCCCAUCUGGCUCGUAUCUUGCCUCAUACAAUCUUGACUCUCAGUCUGGCUGAGCAGACCAAUAAACUGAUGCGCAGAUUCGAGGACCGGUUUCUUCCUGAGUCCAUAAAGGCGCGUGUCUAG